GGUGCUUCUCAGCCGCUUCAUGAUCAACCUCCGGGCGGCCGACGAGGCAAUGGCAGACUACUCUGUGCAAAUGAGCGAUCAACAACAAAGACCACCGACGCUGCAGUUCAGGACGCCACCAGAUCGACUAGGCAAUAUUGGGGGAAUGCUGCGGGAUGGCUGGAGCGACGAAUCCGACGACGAAGAGCAUGAUGCUGCAGUGUUGGGCGAGGAAGGAUAUCGUGAGACCGGUGAUGAAGCGUGAGUUGGCGUCGAUGAUUAUGCUAGACUUCAGAGUAGGCUCCGUCUCAGGCAGACAGUGGCAUGUGUAACGUAUGCGAACAGGAGGCUUGAAA